UCUCUAGACCCUUGGUUUAUUUUUCAGUGUUCAGAAGCUUUUCUCUGUUAAACAAUGGAAGGAGGAAAGGUUGGAAAGGGAGGAAGGAAAGGUGGUGAUAGAAAGAAAGCAGUAACAAAAUCAGUCAAAGCUGGAUUACAAUUCCCAGUUGGUAGAAUCACUCGUUUCUUGAAGAAAGGUCGUUAUGCUCAACGUGUUGGUUCCGGUGCUCCUGUUUAUCUCGCCGCCGUUCUUGAAUAUCUAGCUGCCGAGGUUUUGGAAUUGGCUGGAAAUGCUGCUAGGGAUAACAAGAAAUCAAGGAUUAUACCAAGGCAUGUACUUUUAGCAGUAAGGAACGACGAAGAAUUAGGAAAGUUACUCGCCGGUGUUACUAUUGCUAGCGGUGGAGUUCUCCCAAAUAUCAACUCUGUUUUGUUACCAAAGAAGGGUCUUGAGAAGGAAUCUACACCUAAAUCUCCUGCUGGAAAAUCUCCAAGGAAAGCUGCUGCCUAAAUGAUAAAUCUAGUUUGCUUUUAACUUGGUCGAGUACAGUCUAUUUAUGUAAUGAAAUCUAGGGACUCAGGGAUCAUUUUUACUGUUUGAAUGAUCUGCUUUUUGGUGGUUAGUUUUUAUGAUUUGAAAUCAGUUUCGGGUUUCAGUGUUCAUAGCGUUUACUAGAAUAUAGCUAAUCAAUGGAAAUCGCCCUUUUAAUCUCUA